AUGCUUGCCCCUGCGGGCCCCUAUUCUCACGCUAUCAAAGCGAACGGACAAGUGUUUCUCUCAGGUGCGAUUCCAGCAGAUGAGAACGGGAAGCUCCUCGAAGGCUCGGUUGGAGAAAAAACUGCUCUCUGCUGCAAGAAUAUUGCUGCCGUGCUGGCCGCGGCUGGAACGACCGUGAGUCGGGUGGUAAAAGUUAACGUCUUCCUUACAGAUAUGAAAGAUUUCGCCGAGAUGAACGCCGAAUAUGAGAAGUUCUUCACGCAUAAACCUGCUCGCAGCUGCGUUGCUGUCCAUCAACUUCCAAAGGGCGUCCCGGUCGAGAUCGAGUGUAUUGCUCUACAAUAA